AUGGCUAAUUACGAAUGCUCUGAAAAAUUCACCUCCUUCCUUCAGGAACUUCCAAAGUGUGAACAUCAUGUCCAUCUUGAAGGUACCUUAGAACCAGCUUUACUCUUUCAAUUGGCUAAGAGAAACAACAUUACUUUACCAAGCCAUUUCCCUCCAACACCGGAAGCCUGCAAUGAGCGUUAUAACAAUUUCGCAGAUUUACAAGAUUUCUUAGAUCACUACUAUAUUGGAAUGGGAGUCUUAAUCAAAGAGGAUGAUUUUUAUGACUUAGCCAUGGAAUACUUCAAGAAGGCUUCCUCCGAUGGAUGUUUACACUCCGAAGUUUUCUUUGACCCACAAGGUCAUGUUGAACGUGGUAUCUCAAUUGAUACUGUAGUCAAGGGUUUCGACAGAGCCUGUAAGGAUGCCACAUCCAAGUUUGGUACCACCAACAAACUUAUUAUGUGUUUAUUAAGACACUUACCAUCAGCAGCUGGCUUAGAAACUAUUAAGUCAGCUUCUCCAUACUACGAACAAGGCAUAAUCCAUGGAUUAGGACUUGAUUCUUCUGAAAAGCCAUUCCCACCUGAAUUAUUCAAGGAAUGUUACGAUCAUGUAAAUGAAAACUUUCCCAACGUCGGGUUAACUGCACAUGCCGGUGAAGAAGGUGACUCCAGCUACGUUGCCAAUGCCUUUAACCACUUGAACGUCACCAGAAUUGAUCACGGGAUCAAUUCUCAACACGAUGAAGAAUUGUUGAACAAGUUGGCCGACGGUCGUCAUAUGCUUUCUGUCUGUCCAUUAUCAAAUGUCAAAUUGCAAGUCGUUAAAGAUGUUGCAGAAUUACCAAUUCAACUUUUCUUUGACAAGAACGUUCCGUUUUCUAUCAACUCCGAUGAUCCAGCAUACUUCGGGGGAUACAUCUUAGAUAACUAUGUAGCUGUCCACACCAGAUUCGGUUUUUCUCACGAGCAAUGGUGCACAAUUGCCAAGAACGGUAUAGAUGGUUCUUGGUGUGAUGAAGACAGAAAGAAGCAGCUCAGAGAAAAGGUUGAUGAAGUUUACAAGAAACACGCUUAG